AUGGUGAGUGUACUGCUAACAUAUUAUUCUAAAUGUGAAAUUUGCAAACAGAAUCUAGAAGAUAAAUAUUUGAAUAUUUAUAAUGGACACCCAAAUAAUGCAGUCGAUGAGCACAUAGCUCUAAUUGAUGAAAAAUUAAGUUUUUGUACUGGACAUAAAAAUAUAAAUCAAACUGGUUUAAGAGCUGCUUAUAAAAUUACUUUAUUCAAUGUAUAUUGUAAAAAUGGUCAUUUAUGUCCAUUUGAUUCAGGGUUGGUUAACAAAGAUAUGGGUAUUUAUAUAUCUGGUUAUUUAAAACCAAUGUAUUGUAAUAAUCAAUCAAGAAUAUCUGAUGCCGUAUCAACUAAAGACAUUGGACCUAUUGUUCAUUGGUUUAUUGCAGAUUUUAUUAGUUGUCAAGAAGUUACUGUAGUUUUAUCUACAUCAUUGGGAGAAUAUUAUUUGAUGCAGCCAUCUACAGAUUAUAAACCAUUUAUGAUAUCAGUUGGAGAAAAAAUAUUUUUAUGUAAAAUUGUUAUUGAAUCCCUUUUAAAUGAUCCAUGUACUAAAUAUGAGGAGUUAUUAAAUAAGUUUAAGGCUAUACCAAUGCCACAGAGUUUUUCAGGAUUUAUAGAAGAUUUUUUAAUAUACAAUGCUCAAUUUAUUUGUGAGCAAAUUGUUUUAUUUGAUGAAGCAGCUACAUCAGAAGAAUCAUUAUUAAUUAAUGCUCCAUGCAUAAAAUUUCUUAUUGACUUAGCAGGUAUAACAAUUCAAAAAGAUUUUAAAAAAACUAAAAUAUAUCCGCAUUCUCAAAAUGAUAAUUGGCUAAGUAAAUUAAGGUGUAAAUAUAAUAAAUUCUCUUCUAUAAAGUUAACUACCACUCAACAAGUGCAGGAUAUUUUGGAAAGCAUUAUUCCAAUCCAACAAAAUAAUAUUUCUAAUAAACGUUUAUUGAAAUGUAAACGUUCUGUUAAAACAUGUAAAAUGUGUUUAAAAAUUGAUUGUGAUGAAUGCUCUGUUUGUAACUUUGAUAAUCCUGGAACUAGCAAUCAAGUUUAUAUUAAUUAUCAAUGUCAAAAAAUGAAAAUUGUAAGUGCAUCUUUGGAUAGUAAUUAUAAGUACUCGACCAAUUCUAAAAGUAUUGGACGCAAAAGUGAACCCAAUAAAAAAAUUCAUAGAAAAUUGAAGAAAAAUAAAAGUAUAAUAAUGACAUGGGUUGGUGAGCCUAUUCUUAGUAGCAAAGGAGAUUUUUAUGAUGCUGUUAUAAUUAAUUCUGAAAUGAUCAAAAGAAAUGAUUAUAUAUUCAUUGAUCCAAUUGAUCCUUCUGUACCUAUGCAAGUAAUUAAAGUUAGAUAUUUGUGGGAAUCAAAAUUAGGAAAUAAAAUGUUACAUGGUACCUGGCUAUGGAGAGGUACUGAAACUAUAUUAGGGGAAAUGUCACUUCCUAGAGAAUUAUUUUUAGUUGAUGAAUGUCAAGAUGUACCGCUUAAAUUUGUACAAUCAAAAGCUAAUGUAGUUAUUCUUCAAUUUUCAAGUAAAAAUAUAGACAAUGAGAGCAUCGCUGGAAUAAUAAAAAAAAAUAAUAAAUCAUUAUUUUGUCAAAAACGUUAUGAUCAUGUUAGUGCAAGAUUUGAAAAUAUUCUGCCAGAUUUAGAAGCUCCACAAGAAAAAGAGCAUUGUUUUUGUUCAACUUGUACACGUAAUUCUUUGACAAAUCAGUAUAAAACACCACAAUUAUUUGAGAAAUUAGAAGAAAUGAGUGAUAGUGUAAAAAUUAAAUUUGGAAUGGUCAAAUAUUUAGGUGAAGAGUUUCGAAUUGGUACUGCAGUUUACCUGAAGCCAAAAACACUUGGUUUUAAAUACUUAAUAAAUAAUAAGAAGUAUUUGCAAAAUUUUAAAAAGAAAAUUAUUGAUGAAAAACAGUAUCCUGAAUUUUAUCGCAAAUUCAAUGACAAAGACAAGAAUUCGAAAUUUGAUAUUCCAGAACCUUUUGAUAUUGGUUAUAUAACAAGCAUAUAUUCUACUAGUAAAUCUAAACUAUUAGCUAGUAUUAAUUUAUAUAUUACGGUAAAGAAAUUGUAUCGACCAGAAAAUACACAUGCCAGUGAAUCGUUGAAAAGAAACUCUGAUAUUAAUAUUCUUUAUUGGAGUGAAGAAGAAUGUGAUGUGCAGUUUCGUUGUGUUAUUGGAAAAUGUUAUUUAACAUAUUUAAAGAAUUUGUAUCACAGCAUUGAAGAAUGGUCAGCAAUGGGACCAAAUCGAUUUUAUUUUGCAGAAAGUUAUGACAGUAAAAAAAAGCAAUUUCUGGAACCCCCAUUGCAGGCACGAAAAAUUGGUAAAAAUAUAAAAACUGAUCGUUAUAUGAAAUCCAGAAAUAAUAAGAUAGAUCAUUCUAAAGUAGUUAUUUAUCCUCAAAUUACUAAAAAAUUAAAAAUUUUAGAUAUUUUUUCUGGAUGUGGAGGUUUAUCCGAAGGUCUCAAACUGUCUGGUGUAGCAGAAAGUCAGUGGGCAGUUGAAAAUGAUGAAGCAGCAGCCAAUGCUUAUCGACUUAAUAAUUUAAAUGCAUUAAUUUUUACUACAGAUUGUAAUACUUUUUUGAAAAAAGUUAUAAAUGGUGAAACAACAUUAGAUGGUCAAAAAUUACCACAAAAAGGUGAAGUCGAUUUAUUAUGUGGAGGACCACCUUAUCAAGAAUUUAAUAGUAUGAAUAGUUUUAAUUCAACAGCUUACUCUUUGUUUACAAAUUCUUUUAUUAUUACAUGUAUUUCAUUUUGUAAUUAUUAUAAGCCCCGAUUUUUUAUAAUGGAAAAUAUAAGAAAUUUUGUAUCGUUUAAAAAAACUACUAUACUCAAGUUGACAUUGAGUUGCCUUGUACAAAUGGGAUAUCAAUGCACAUUUGGAAUACUGCAAGUAGGAAAUUACGGUAUUCCUCAAACUCAAAAAAGGAUGAUAUUAUUAGCUGCAGCUGCUGGUGAAAUACUUCCUAAAUUUCCAAGUCCUCUUCAUGUAUUUAAUAAAUCGACUUCUCAAUUAUAUGUAGAUAUUGAUGAUAAAAAGUACUAUUCAUUAAAAGAAUUACAUAAUUCGGCACCAUAUAGAGCUAUAACUGUUUAUGAUGCUUUAUCUGAUUUACCCAAAAUUGUAAGUGGUAAUGAUGAAGUUGUUAUGCAAUAUAGUAGUAAACCUAUAACUCACUUUCAAAGAAAAAUGAGAAGAAAUACAGGGAAUGAGUUAGUUACAUUAAAUGACCAUAUAUGUAAAUACUUAGGACCAUUAGUGGAAGCACGUAUGAGAUACGUGCCUACCAAAGUAGGAUCAGAUUGGCGUGAUUUACCAAAUAUUUCAGUUCGUUUAAGUGAUGGAUCUUAUAUAGAUAAAUUAAUAUAUAAGUAUAACAAUAAUAAAUCAGAAUUUAUUUCUUCUACUGGAAUAUUACGAGGUGUUUGUACCUGCUGUGAAAAUAAACCUUGUAAUGUAGAAGAUAAACAGGUCAAUACAUUAAUUCCGUGGUGCUUAUCACAUACUGCAAAUGAAAACAAUAAUUGGGCUGGACUUUAUGGUCGCAUCGAAUGGGAUCGUUUUUUUAGUGCAAGUAUAACAAAUCCUGAACCAAUGGGAAAACAGGGUCGUAUUCUUCACCCAGAACAACCACGAGUAGUUAGUGUGCGUGAAUGUGCUAGAUCUCAGGGAUUUUCGGAUAAUUUUCGAUUUUAUGGAAGUAUUCAAGAUAAACAUAAGCAGAUUGGUAAUGCAGUGCCCCCUCCAUUGGGUGCAGCUAUAGGAAAUGAAAUAAGAAAAAGUCUCAGUUUUAAAGAGAUGAAUAUUCUCUAUUAA